AUGGGCAGCGUCUUGGACAAGAACUCGGCGCAAGUCCGCAAGCGCAUCGAGGGGCAUACCUUUGAGGGCGAAGAUGGCGAGGAGUAUGAACAGUCCGAGUUCCACGGGUUUGGAGACUACUUUCGCCGCAAGAAGAUCAAGUUGCAGAACCUCGACGCCGAGUUGCGCACUGCGUCCGGAAAGCCCCAGAUCUUCAAGGGUAUCGUGGCGCACGUCACUGGAUAUACGCAGCCCCCUUUACAUGUUCUGCAUCGCGAGAUUGUGCAGCACGGCGGUGGAUUCCUGCAAUACCUCGAUUCGAAAACCAUGGCUACUCACAUCAUCGCUUCUACGUUGCCGCCGAAGAAGUCAGUGGACUUUAGUCGGUAUCGCAUCGUCAAGCCAGGAUGGAUCAUGGACUCCAUCGCGGCCGGAAAGUUGCUUCCGUGGAACGAAUACCGCGUGCUGGAUGAGGGCCCUCGCCAAAAGGUGCUGAAGUUUGACGGAAGCAAAGGCAUCACACAACAAAGUCCGCAGGCGAAGCAUGGCUAUCGUGACCAAAUCGACGACAGCUUUUACACUAGCCAAUUCAAAUCCAGCAAAAACGGAACCCAGACUUGGAGCCAACUGGUGGAGAGGACGAGCACACCAAGCUCUUCCAAAGUGUCACCGUUCCCUCGAGGCGACAGCGGCGAGGGUAGCUUGAAUACCCCCUCCAAAGCACCCAUGUCUGACUCUUCAAUAUCUGUGACGGAGCAGCCGUCUAUGCCUCCUCCACGAACACCAGCUAUAUCUCCCCGGAAGCAAGACAGCCAUAGAGGCUCCGAACCUCCCAAAGACGCCACGUCGGAGGAACACAAUGCUUGGCUCCUUGCUGACCCACGAAUGCGAAAAUCAUCCACGGCCAAUCCCGAGUUUCUGAAACAAUACUACUCUGAAAGCCGCCUCCACCAUCUCUCCACAUGGAAAGCAGAGUUAAAGUCAGAGAUGCAGCGCAUGGCGGCCGAAAAAGGCAUGACUGGCAGACCGUCCAAGCGCAAACCUGGCUCAAGGCGGUAUAUCAUGCAUGUCGAUUUUGACAGUUUCUUCUGUGCCAUAUCGCUAAAGAAGCAUCCCGAAUACGUCGACAAGCCAGCUGUUGUCGCGCAUGGAAACGGCACUGGCUCCGAAAUCGCAAGCUGCAAUUACCCUGCGAGAGCCUUUGGUGUCAAGAAUGGAAUGUGGAUGAAGAAGGCUCUAGAGUUAUGCAGCGACCUCAAGGUACUGCCAUAUGACUUUCCGGCCUACGAGGAUGCGAGUCGGCUGUUCUACGAAUCGAUUCUGCAAGUUGGUGGGACCGUGCAAAGUGUCAGCAUCGACGAGGCGCUGGUCGAUGUUUCGUCCAUUGUGCUCGAUGCCGCUGGCUCGCAAGGCGUGGGGGUCGACGAAGGCAGCAUAUGGCGCGAACAAGAAAAGGUCGACGCUAUGGCUCGAGUUCUGCGAGACCGCAUAAAGCAGAAGACUGGCUGCCACGUUUCCAUUGGCAUCGGCGGCAACAUUCUUCAGGCCAAGGUGGCGCUCAGGAAGGCCAAGCCUGCUGGCCAAUAUCACUUGAAACCCGAGGAGGUUCUUGAAUUUAUUGGUCAGCUACAAGUCGAGAACCUGCCUGGCGUCGCCUAUAGCAUAGGCAACAAGCUCGAGGAACUAGGUGUGAAGCUGGUCAAAGACUUGCGAGAGCUCUCACGGGAGCGUUUAUCUUCAGUCCUGGGACCUAAAACAGGACAGAAGUUGUUUGAGUAUGCUCGCGGAAUUGACAAGGCUGAAGUUGGGGAACAAACCCCACGCAAGUCCGUCUCCGCCGAGAUCAACUGGGGAAUCCGCUUCAUCAGCCAGGAAGAGGCCGAGGAGUUCGUUCACAAUCUGUGUAAGGAGCUCGAACGGAGGCUGCUCAACGAACAGGUCCGGGGCAAGCAACUCACCAUGAAGAUCAUGCGGCGCUCGCUGGAUGCGCCGCUGGAUCCUGCCAAACACCUAGGUCAUGGCAAAUGCGAUGUAUUCAACAAGAGUAUCGCUUUUGGCGUUGGCACGAAUAGCCACGAGGCUAUCGGCAAAGAGGCUGUGACUAUACUCCGCUCCUUCAAGUUCAGCCCGGGCGACCUCCGAGGGUUAGGCGUGCAGAUGACCAAGCUCGAGCCUAUCAGGACCAAGUCAUCGGGGCCUGAAAGUAGCCAGCGAAAAUUGUUGUUCAACGCAGCAAGCGGGCCUACAGCAAGGCGCAAGUCGUCGGAAGCUGAAGCCAUCGAAGAGGAUGAUGCACCCGUCAAAACGAAGGAUGUGCCGACGCCCAGUAUUGAGCACGAUCCCAUCGCAGAUGAUCCAAUGACCCCUAAAAAGCAAAAGGUCCAUCCUGCUGCCGCUUUGGCUCGUGCCGCGGCCAGUGAUCCCAAGGCGAAGACGCCGUUGAACGUUGCUGGCACGCAGUUCCUGAUACCCAGCAAUGUCGACCCAGCAAUACUCGCAGAGCUGCCCAACGACAUUCGGAGCAAGCUCAUGGCCCAGGCAGCGCCCGCGAUUCAGCGAGCCUCGAAGCCGCGCUCGGAGAGCCCGCUGCCCGAUGUGUUGUUGCCUUCGCAGGUCGACGCUGAAGUGUUCGCUGCGUUACCGGAGGACAUGAAGGCGGAAGUCCUUGCCACAUACGCAAAGCCUCAGGCUAUACACCGAUCACCACAAAAGGACAAACUUAUACAACUCAAGAGACAGACAACACCUACCAAGAGGGGCGGCAUCCGCGGCGCCUUCAGUAAAGCGUCGCGGCAAAGGGACGCACAGGCUGGUCUAUACCAGACGAAUUUUCGUAGCCUCCGCACAGGAAGUGAGCCUGUCGUGGAGCAGCCUGUCGAAGACCUCGAUCCUGAUUUCUUGGCGGAGCUUCCUGAAGAUGUUCGCAAAGAGGUCAUUGCUGACCAUCGUCGACGCCGGCUGGCUGCGAGAUCUGGCCUCGAUGCUCCGAACCGCCGCCAGCCUCUGAUCUCCGACCCAUCGGCAGGCCAGAGACGAACAACCUUCCCAGCGCCACCGCCCAAAAUUGCAUUCGCGCAGUCGGGUAUGUCCAGCACGCAAGAGAUCAAGGACAUGAUUGAUGCGUGGCACACCGAAACGCGUGCGGACGGUCCUCACCGAGAGGACGUGGAGGUGUUGUCCAGAUACCUGCGGCGGGUCAUACUCGAGGAGCGCGAUAUGGAGAAAGUGAGCAAGGUGUUCAAGUGGCUUGUUCUCAUCGUCGAACAGGACGGAGUUGAAGGCAAGGGGCUCGAAUCGUGGAGGAGAGCCGUCAAGGACGUUAAGGAGGAUAUCCAGGCGGCCACGAGGGAGAGGGGGCUGGGCAUGUUGGAUAUAUGA